AUGGAAAAGGUAUUCUUGCCUGUUGUGGGCGAUAAGGUUCUAAUAUUCGAACUCGAGGAUGUCAAAAAAUUGAGACAUUUGGGCAUAGUGGGCGUUCUUUCGGGAACAUUAUCUGCAGCCCCCCAGCAAAAUGUGUUUUUGGGACUCCCAUUGCAGUUAAGCUUGGAAGAUGUAAUAUGGCUAGUGACCAAUGAGCAUGGUAUUCUCAUUGAUAGUGCCAAAUAUCACGAGGUAGAAGCUGCAAUGCUUAACCAAGCGGAUUGGAACUCAUCUCAAAGGAUAUGCGUUCAUGAUCCCAAGCAAGAUGAAGAAUUGCUUAAGAAGUUGGCGAAGAUGAAUCUUUCAGAUGAUAAACUCAUACUAAAGAAAAAACAACUACAAGAAAAUAAGGUAGAAAACUUCAUAAUAAUACCGAAUGUUACCCCUCUCCCAAACAUUGACUCGUAUACAAUACCACUUGAUAAAUUCCUCUCACUCUCCAACCAUCAUGAACUCAUAAGUAACUAUCAGGUGUAUCGGCUGGUGAAGGAUCAAGGUUUCUUUAUACUACCAGGAAUAAGAUUUGGUGGUAAGUACAUUGGGUACCCCAACGAUCCGUUGAGAUACCAUGCGCAUUUCAUAAUAAACCAAGCGACAGACUUCAAAUUGAUAGAUUUGGUUGCGGGUGGGAGAUUGGCGACGGGGGUUAAGAAAGUAUGGGUAAUUGUGGGCGAACAUAGUACGCCUGAUUCGCCUAAGAAAGUAGAGGGGAAGAAACGCGAUGCAGUAGAGGUUGAUGUAGACCAAACGGAGCCGCAGCCCGACAUAGUAGAUCAGCUCACAAAAGAAUCAAAAUUGAAGUCUUUUUCUAUAGAAUGGGCAGGAUUUGGUUGA